UAAAAUAAAAACAUGAGGGACUUAAAGUCCCCCCCCCGCAACGCCACUUGUCCUUCUGUCUGACUGUUAUGGGAAUCGGAUAUGAGAUGGCUCUCCCAUGUGGAGGAAAAUGGAGAAUGCAUUUGCUGGUCUACAUUCUCAGUUGCGCAGUUUUAUAUAGUUAUAUUAUAACCAUGGUUAAUUAAAUUUUCUAAACAAGAAAAUGGCUUAUAUAUAGUUUUAAACAAAUUCUCAUCGAGAUGGAUACUCGUGAAGUUGUCGUUGUAACAGGUUUUGGUCCUUUUCGACAGUAUGUGGUGAAUCCAAGUUGGGAAGCAGCUAAGAGGAAAGAUUUGUUGUUUUGCAGGGUCUGAAGAUGCUGGGACUUGGAGUCGGCAUAGAGAUUUAUAUUAAAGAGAUUCCUGUCUGUUAUGCGAAAUCUCAACAAGUUCUUGAUGAGAUCUGGCAGAAGAUGAAUCCAAAGGUUGUUAUCCAUUUGGGCAUUGCUCCAGGAACCAACGGCAUCACAUUGGAGCAAACAGGGAAGAACCACUGUUAUAAGGACAGAGAUGUUUGUGGUCUUUACCCUGCUAAUCACUGCUGUAUUGAGGGAGGACCAGAAAGGUUGGACUCCAUCGUAGACAUGAGGUUUCUCAGCAAACGAUUAAAAACUAUGGGAUUUGAUGUCAUCUACUCCAGGGAUGCUGGACGGUACCUGUGCGAUUUUGUAUACUAUUAUUCUUUGUAUCAUGGGCGAGGAAAGGUUGCCCUGAUCCAUGUUCCUGCCACAGGCAGCCUGUCGGGUCCAGAUAGACUGGUACCGCAACUUCAGACCAUCAUCCAGGUCCUGUUACAACAGCUGGACACUCCUGCAUACGCAUGUGUUGAAUAUGUGAGAUGCACAGAGGUAGAGCAUACAGAGUAAAAAUACACUCAAGACAGGCCUUCAGACUCAUUCAUUUUUUUUAAUUCAAAAUUUAGGAAAAAGAAAAUACAUGAAAAUUCUUCAGAUAUACAUUAAGCAUGUAAAAAUUCUACCAUUUGGAGGUGAGAAAUAACUGAAAUAACAGGCCUUAGAUACAUAACUUACAAGAAGACAAGAGUACCAGCCAAGCCGUUUUACCAUAACUUUCUACCAAUCAAUGCAAUGACACAGAGAUUUUAUGUUUUUUUUGUGAAAGGAAAACAACAAUUGUUAUUAAAGUCUUUUUUUCAGUACAGUA